AUGCCUCCUGAAAUCUCUGCUAACGCAGACGUUUGGUUUAACCGUCGAAAGUUCCGACAUGUCAUUACUGCGAGAGCAGCUGACAUUGUGGACCCAGAUAUGGCGGAAACUCCAACAUCUUCACAACAACAACGGGACUAUGUCCAGUUGAGCUUAUCCGAUGCACUAGCACGGGCUAGCGUCAAACGUGCCCGGCCUAUACCCCUCGCGCAAGCUGGGGUGGCUGGGCCAUCGCGCCUUCGUUCCCUCACCCCUGACAUUAGGCCUCCGCGGCCCGGACUGAACGGGCAGAUGGCUAUUCAGGGGAACGUUGGCUCUCGUUCCGGUGCCCCACCGUUGAAAAGACAGCGUACGGGGAGGGCUUCACCCUCCUCUGACGACAGUGAAAGUGCUCUGCACGGACACAUGGGUAGUGUAUCUAAUCCUGCCCCUCCCUCUGGUCAUCCCUUGCCCGGCUCGGUAUUACCGUUGUACCACGCUCUUGUGCCCGCAAUCACUCGAGAUGAUGCGUCUUCGGGAAACCUUGAUGAGGCGAUCGAUGUGCCCCUUGGUAGCCAAGGGGAUUUCAGUUGGAGCUGUCGAAGUAGCGACCCGGAUCUACCCCGAUUACCGUUGGAUCCCCAACAGCCGUUGUGUCGAUGGGCGCGUUACUGGGUAUGUAACAAGCCUGGAGAUAUCCCGGUCUUCGUACAGGAAUUGAUGGAAGACAUUAGACUGUCAGACAUCCCUGGAAGACGAGGUGUUGUAAGCAAGAAGCGCACUCGUGCGUUAGGCGACCUCUACAACACGUGGAAGAAAAGUCAAAUGCGCGAUUCAUUCGAGAACGAAGCUGAGUACUUCUUGAAUGACGACGAGCAUGUAAUUCCUUGGAAGGAUUUGCAGUACUGA